AUGGCAUCGAGCAGUCACGUGGAUUUCGAUUUGAAUGAGCAGUACGCUCAGAUUAGUUUGGAGGAUGAGGAAGCGGGUGUUCUGAUUGGGGGAGAUGAUGAGGGUGAUGAGACGACUUUUGACGAUCGGUGGUGUUUGGUGAGGAAGUUUCUGACGGGUCGACCGGUGGACUUUGAUGCAAUGCGCCACUUAAUGGCUUCACUUUGGCAGCCAGGUAAGGGUGUUUUUAUCAAGGAGUUGGGUACGAAUCGUUAUCUUUUUCAGUUUUUCCAUGAGUUGGAUGUCCAAACCGUUAUAGAUGGUAGCCCUUGGACGUUCAAUCGAAGCCCUCUUGUUUUUCAUCGUCUCAAUAAGGGGGAAGACCCUAAGGAAGUGGCGCUUCACAAGCUUGAUUUCUGGGUUCAGAUUCAUGACUUGAAAUCUGGAUACAUGUUGGAAAAGGUGGUUCGGAGUGCGGGAGCUUACAUAGGUACGUAUGUUAAAUCGGAUCCUAAGAAUUUUAAUGGUCUUUGGAGAGAAUACUUGCGUGUUCGUACUACGGUGGAUAUCGAAAAGCCAUUAAAGAGGAGGAUGAAGCUUUGCAAGGAGAAUGGGGAUUGGAUUUGGGCGAAUUUCAAAUAUGAACAUCUUCCUACCUUUUGCUUUGUUUGUGGAAUCAUUGGGCAUGCGGAUAGAUUUUCUCCUAAACGCUUUGAUCAACCUAUGGAUCAAUUGGUCAAACCGUAUGGUGCGGCGCUACGGGCGGAUCUGAAGAAGAAAAACUACCUCGUUGGUGCUAAGUGGCUUCGGAGUGGGGCCGAGGAGGGUGGUGCGGCGGCUGGCUGUGGUGGUGGGGGGCGUGUGACUGAAGAUCUUCAUGGAGUUAAGGCUAUCCCAAAGAUCAUGGAUGUUGAUUGUGUUGACCAUAUUGGUGAUCAUGAUCCCAUGACUUUAGGGAAGAGUAAAAAGAAAGAAAUAAUUAAGGAAAGUGGGAGGGAGAUUAUGCAAUCGGCUAUAGAUGGAAACUCUGAAUUUAUGGAAAGUGAUGAUGAUGCAAAUAUUGAGGAAGAUUUGGUUGUGUUAAUGGAAAGUGGGCCAUGGUGUACAUGCCCACCCAUCAUCAUGAGUAUUAUUUACUGGAAUUGCCAUGGGCUUGGGAACCCGUGGGCUCAACAAUUCUUGAAGGAUCUUGUGGUCCAAAAGAAGCCCAGUUACUUGUUUUUGUGUGAAACUCUUGCUAAAAAAGAUAUUGUUGAAAGAAUUCGUGUGGCGAUUGGUUUUGAAGGAGCCUUGGCGGUGGACUGUCAAGGGAGAAGUGGGGGUGUUGCCUUGUUGUGGAGAGAAGAGGAGGAUGUUCGGGUGCUAGAGUAUGGGUUGUCCUAUAUUGAUGUAGUUGUUUGUGGUAGUGACCAAGGGCAUUGGCGGUUGACGGGAAUAUAUGGUGAGCCGAAUAGAUCAUUACGAAAAAGAACAUGGGACCUUAUAAGGGAGCUAAAAAACAAGUCAAGUUUGCCUUGGUGUAUCAUAGGCGACCUUAAUAAUGUUACUUCUCAAGAGGACAAGAAAGGUGGUCAUCCUUAUCCACGGUGGUUAGUUGAUGGGUUCAAUGAUACAUUGAUGGAUUGUGGUUUACAUGAUCUUGAGCUUUAUGGUUAUCCAUACACUUGGGAGCGAAGUAGAGGUACUCCGGAUUGGGUGGAGGUGCGCAUUGAUCGGGCGAUGGUGACUCAAUCAUGGUUAGAUUUUUUCCCUUUGGCUAAGCUCUUUAAUUUAGAGGUGUCUACUUCGGAUCACACUCCUUUACACUUAGUUUUGAUUAAUGAAGUGGUGGUUGCUAAGAGACAUGUUUUUCGAUUUGAAAAUUCAUGGUUGAAAGAACCUUUGUUUUUUGAGAUUGUUAAAAUUUGUUGGGAUAAUGGUGAGCCGAGGGGUGUUAUGGAGAAGAUCAAGUGUUGUGGUGAUGUUUUAUGGCAUUGGGGAAAAGAUUAUUCGGGGAAUUUUCCUAAGAGAAUAAAAGAUUGUAAGCUUGAGCUUCAAAAGUGGAAGCGGGGCCGUGAUGGGGUGUCGGUUGAGAACUACAAGAAUGCUUCAGCCAACUUGAAUAGUGUGUUGUUGCAACGUGAGAUUUUUUGGAAGCAGCGAAGCAAGCAACUUUGGUUGCGUGAAGGGGAUAGUAACUCUAAGUAUUUCCAUGCCUCAGCUACUUCUAGAAGACGUCGAAACUCCAUUCAAAAGCUUAAAGACUCAGAUGGUGUUUGGGUGGAUUGA